AUGGCGGACGCCACAUGCACCCAGACUCCGGAAAGGGAGAUGUCUGCGACUUACCAACUCCUAGAAGCUAUCUUCGAAGCCUUUUGGAGGAAGCUGGAGAGCAGGCUGACCCCUACUGAUACCACCGAGGCUCCUCCUGAAACACCACCCUAUACCCCAAGGCGACCUACAGCAAACAUUAAGGGCCCAACAUACCUGAGGUGGCGGAGACGGCCUAAACGGUGCACAGCGGAAAAAUCAUACUGCUGUCAAGCUCUAAGGCAGUACAACUCCAGCACCACGAAGAGGGAAACACGCAGGACCGGAGAGAUGAGAGGGGAGCACCUACUGACUGAAGACCUGCAGCAGUUACCCUUUGUUGAAAGCCUGAGAAGCCAAGCAAUUUGGGACGCUAAUUUUCCUGUAACAGGGAUAGGAUGA